UGGUAUUGAGUCAACAAACCUACGACUUCAAUAUGAACUACAGUAUUUAAAACAAAAUCAAUCAAUGCAAAAAUUUAAGUGCGCUAGACUUAGAUGUGAUUUUCCAAUUUCUAAUAUGAGUCAAUUGCUUUCAAUAUCUCUUAGUGGACUAGUGGAUAGUUAUUGUGACUCUUGGGGAGUAAUUAAUGGCCUAGUUACAGUUACUGACCUAGAAGAUGGUUUAAGCGUGGUAAUAGUUGAAAAUAUAUCAUCUGAUAUCUGGUUCUUUGGGUAUACAAGUUCUGCAAUUUUUUGUCCAAACUGUGCAAAUUAUGUAGGUUGGAAAUUUGUGAAUACUGAUAAAUCAUCACUAUUGCCAAAAAUUUUUUAUGGGUUAUCUGCACAUACCGUAACAUCUAUGGAAACCUACAUAUUGCCUUUAGCUUCUCUAAAUGAUGAAAUGCCACUCGAAGAAAACAGUGAUAGAGAAAUAAUAUUCGAGUCCGUCAGUGAUGGAGACAUUUUAGAUACAUAAUAUGAGUAGAAAAUCCAAUUCAUAGCGGUGCCGCACGCAAAUAUCUCGUGUCACCACUGCCACUCGCAACCUUAGAGUACCAUCCGGCAACCACCACUUCUGUCCGCCAACACAAUAAUAUAAUGUAAAUAAUAAUUAUUAUUACUAGCUAUAUUACUGGCCUUCCACACAUUUUUCAAAGGACGAAAACCUGCAAGUACCUGGCCUAUCUGCUCCACUAAAUUUUAUCUUUCUCUUUACUACCGCCCACGUGAAAACACUUUGGACUUCCACCACAUAAACAGACUUCAAUUUCAAUCAUAAUGAAGUAGCGCACCACCUAAAAUCUUUCUUUCAGCAAUGUCCAGUGGGAAGAAUGAUGAUGUUCGGUGCUAUUAAACACCGACGGGUGUCUGGUCCUUUAGUUAGGAAUUAAGUAUAUAUAUUUGUAUUUGUCAAUCAUGUACAUAUUAUUUCAUUAUUGUUACUAAGACACUAAGUAUCUGAUGGGUACAAAACAAUUUGUUAUAGUAUUAUGAAUAUUAUUAUCAUGUUUCCAGUUAUUGUUCCAAGAUGCCGUUGUAUGUACACGUACAUGUUAUUAUUAUUUAUAAUCAUAUAGAAUAAUGCUAUUAUUAUAGUUUUUUAAGGCAACUGACAUGAGACGAUUGUUUGUUUCGUCGACAGUAUUAUUCUUUUAGAU